AGGUCCGCUGAAAAUCUCCAUAGCCGAGAAGCUCUGUCAAGCUCGUCAGACUGGUUGUCGCUCCGAGCUCGAUUUCACCAUUGCCGAUUGCUCAAGCUCUGCCCAAUCGAGUAACGGUUCGAGUUUAGGGAUGAAGUUUCUGGAUUGGUAUGUGAAGAUUGCCGUCGUUUCAGCUCUCAUCGGAGGUUCCAUGGAGCUGUUCAUGAUCAAGACCGGCUUCUACGAUAAGGUGACGGUGCUGGAGUCGGAGAAGCGGGCGUGGGAGAAUGCUCCAGAAGCUCAGGCUGUUAGAGAAGCCCUGAAUCCUUGGAGAAAUCACGGCUCGGAAGCGAAGAAAAGUUCAUGAUGCUACCUGAGGAUGAAACAACACUGCCUGUAAAAAUAAAUUAAGGCACUUAUUGUUUACGAGGAUGCGCUUUGGGAUCAUGAAGGAUGCUCGAAAGAAUAAUUAUUUGAACAUUGAAGAAAGUGCACGGGCUUUCUGAAGCAAUUAUGGGGCUGAAUAUGGCAGAUUCUACCGUGAGCAUUCUACGUUUGAAAAGUUUUGACAGCUGACAUAUGCCAUAUUUUGAGUUGUAUCAUUGAAUAUGGUAUUUCUUUACUUUUAACAAGGCCUUCUUGAUCUGAUAAAUAAAAUUCAGAUACUUAUGUGAUGGAAGAAAUAAGUCGUUUCUAGAUAAGACUCACAUGUAGACCAUAGUGGUGCCCCCACUAUAUAUACCAUCUAGAAAUCUGUAAGACACCCACUUGAGAUCUUUUUAUCUUCCAUUUCUCGUAUCUUUGAUUAUAUUUUGUACGAUGAGAUUGACGGGA